AUUGUUGGUCAUAUGCCUAGUAAUUGGCAACUUAUUUGUUAACUGCGGUCCCAUUAAUGAUCUAAAAGCAUUUAAUGUAUUGAAACGUCUUAAACGUGAUCUUAGCGAUGAUCAGACCUAUAUGUGUCCCAUCAUUGGCAGCAACUGUUUGAGCUGUUCGGCUACCGACGACAAACCGAGCCAAACGUUGGCCAACCUUUGAACCGAUGAAAUAAAUAUCUACGUAUAGAUGGAUACCUAACCAAAUCAGACAACAAUAAAAACAAUUGUAUGUAUUUGCUGACUGGCCAACAAUUGGGUUACAAUGAUUGGCGACAUGAGCCCCGAGAGAUUAGAUUAGAGUUUUUGGCGGAUAACAACUGUUCCCAACGACGACAACAACAACAACAACAGUGUCCUGAUAUAGACAAUCUAAAAGUUAAUAUUUUUGUAAAGAAAAACAAUAUCACGGAAACACUUAAACCAGUUUUAGUACUAUUUUCGACUAAUGGAAUAUUUGUAAAGAUUGACAAACAGGUCGACAAUUGUGACCGACCUCUAAGUAUAUGGGUUUACGAAUCUGAUGAUAACAAUGGAGUGGAAGACAACAACAACAACAACAACGAUGAUGACGACGACAACCUCACAGAACUGACCACAACUCAGACAGACAAUGAAUUGGCUGUUGUUGUCAAUGAAACUGAACAACCGAUUACUACUACUACUACCAAAAGUAUUAGUGAUGGUGUGGUGUCCGACAGUAGCCAACAAUACGAUAGAUCCGAAAGAUAUGCCAACCCUAUUGGUCUCAGCUAUAACCAACAAAAUCAAGUUUAUCGUAAAUUUCUGGGCAAUAAAUUACAUAUUAAAUUAUUAACAAUUGAUAAGCUUAACAUUGCCAACACUAGAUCAAGGAUAAGAUUUUGA